AUGCCCGCUAAUUCCGUCGCGGCCCUGCCGUACAACAUCAAAAUGAAGGAAGAAAACACCAAGCGAAAGGCUACCGAGGAGCCUACCUCUCCCUCGGCGGCGAAGCGAAUUAAGCAUAGUGACUCGACUGAGGAGACGGAGGAUACGAAGAAGCCAAAAAUCCCCGCCAUUCCCUUCCCCGAGAAGGCCGCCGUUAUCGAGGAACGCAACGGCGAAAUCGAGUUCCGAGUGGUCAACAACGAUGGCGAACGCGAAAGCCUAAUCAUUCUUACCGGCCUCAAGUGCAUCUUCCAGAAACAGCUACCCAAGAUGCCAAAGGACUACAUCGCGCGCCUUGUCUACGACCGGACCCAUCUGUCGAUUGCCAUUGUCAAGAAGCCACUCGAGGUAGUUGGUGGCAUCACAUACCGACCAUUCAAGGGCCGCCAAUUCGCCGAGAUCGUCUUCUGCGCCAUUUCCUCCGACCAACAGGUCAAGGGUUAUGGUGCGCAUCUAAUGUCCCAUUUGAAGGACUAUGUCAAGGCCACUUCAGACGUCAUGCACUUCCUCACAUACGCCGACAACUAUGCUAUUGGCUAUUUCAAGAAACAAGGAUUCACAAAGGAGAUCACUCUCGACAAAUCAGUAUGGAUGGGCUACAUCAAGGACUAUGAAGGCGGCACUAUAAUGCAGUGCAGCAUGCUUCCGCGAGUACGCUACCUCGAGAUGGGCCGCAUGCUACUUAAGCAGAAGGAGUGCGUGCAGGCCAAGAUUCGUGCCUACAGCAAAUCCCACAUUGUUCACCAACCCCCCAAGCAGUGGAAAAACGGCGUAACGCCUAUCGAUCCUCUCUCAGUUGAAGCCAUCCGCGCUUCAGGAUGGAGUCCGGAUAUGGACGAGCUCGCCCGUCAGCCACGCCACGGGCCCAACUACAACCAGCUGCUGCACCUUCUCAAUGAUUUGCAGAACCAUGCCAGUAGCUGGCCCUUCCUGGUACCCGUUAACAAAGAUGAGGUACACGACUACUACGAUGUCAUCAAAGAGCCUAUGGACCUGAGUACCAUGGAGGACAAACUUGAGAAAGAUCAAUACAACACACCCGAGGAUUUCAUCAAGGAUGCCAAGCUCAUAUUCGACAACUGCCGAAAGUACAACAACGAGAACACCCCGUACGCAAAAUGCGCAAACAAGCUUGAGAAGUACAUGUGGCAGCAAAUCAAGGCGAUUCCCGAGUGGUCACACCUCGAGCCUUAG